AUGGAUAAUCUAUUAAAAAACUCACCCAAUAAAAUUGUGUCUCAAGUACCAAUUACCAUUGAAGAUGAAAGUAACAAUAUCUCUCGCUUACCAUUGAUUGACAUCGAAAAUUCAAGUCAAAUACUUACUAAUGCUACCAAUCAAAAUUCUGAUGUUAUUGAAAGCCAAAUGAAAAAGCUUUUUGAUCUUCAUAAACAAAUUCAAAAAACUGGAAUGUGUUAUAGAAGGAAAGAAAAACAAUAUGUGGAAGAUGGAGUUAAAGAAAUAAUAAAUGAAUGUCUAUACCUGAAAGCGGAAUCUCUUUCAUUACAUAUAAAGAAGCAUCUAAAGAUAAUGGCUCCUGAAAAAAUGGAAAAAUAUGAACAAACUACUAAAUGGAAUAUAUUAUGGUUGGAUCAUAUUGUUGUUCAUAUCGUGAAAGCAGAUCUUGCCAAAUGGAAAUCAAAUGAUAAAGUUCGAUGGUGGUUUGAAAAUCUAGAGACAUGUAUUGAUGAAGAAGAUGAGUCACUACUUUCCCAAAUUGUUGCCAAAGUGUUCAGUAAAAAUGCAACCAAAAAUAAUGCUUUUGUGAUAAAAGCAUGUAUUCAAAAUAUGUUAGAUCCUGAACAUGUAAAAAUCGAAAUGGAUGAAGGUUACAUAAUUACAAAAUUAAACCAAUAUGCAGUUAAGUAUAUUUUAAUUUAA